AUGGCGCGACUGGCGAGUCGCAGCGGCGAGUCCAAGCCAUUCGCUGCUUGGUCCACCGUCCUCUACCUUCUUCUUGUCUUCAUUGCGCCUUUGGCGUUUUUCGGAACCGCAAACGCUUCUUCUGACUCUGUCCAGGAGGACUAUGGAACUGUCGUCGGUAUUGACUUGGGUACUACCUACUCUUGUGUCGGUGUGAUGCAGAAUGGAAAGGUCGAGAUUCUCGUCAACGACCAAGGAAACCGUAUUACCCCUUCAUACGUGGCCUUUACCGAUGAGGAGCGCCUGGUCGGUGACGCUGCUAAGAACCAAUACGCCUCUAACCCUACCCGUACCAUCUUUGACAUCAAGCGAUUGAUCGGUCGCAAGUUCGAUGACAAGGAUGUUCAGCGGGACGCCAAGCUGUUCCCCUUCAAGCUCGUCCAGAAGGAUGGCAAGCCCGUCGUCAAGGUCGAUGUUAACAAGACCCCCAAGACCAUGACCCCCGAGGAGGUUUCCGCCAUGGUCCUGGGCAAGAUGAAGGAGAUCGCCGAGGGUUACCUCAACAAGAAGGUUACCCACGCCGUUGUUACCGUCCCCGCCUACUUCAACGACGCCCAGAGACAGGCCACCAAGGAUGCCGGUACUAUUGCCGGUCUCACCGUUCUCCGUGUUGUCAACGAGCCCACCGCCGCCGCUAUCGCCUACGGUCUGGACAAGACCGGUGACGAGCGCCAGGUCAUUGUUUACGAUCUUGGUGGUGGUACUUUCGAUGUCUCCCUUCUGUCGAUCGACAACGGUGUCUUUGAGGUCCUGGCUACUGCUGGUGACACUCACCUUGGUGGUGAGGACUUUGACCACCGUAUCAUGGACUACUUCGUCAAGCAGUACAACAAGAAGAACGAUGUCGACAUCCGCAAGGACCUCAAGUCGAUGGGUAAGCUCAAGCGUGAGGUUGAGAAGGCCAAGCGUACUCUGUCUUCCCAGAUGUCCACCCGCAUUGAAAUCGAAGCCUUCCACAACGGCAACGACUUCUCCGAGACUCUCACUCGCGCCAAGUUCGAGGAGCUCAACAUGGAUCUCUUCAAGAGAACCCUCAAGCCCGUUGAGCAGGUGCUCAAGGAUGCUAAGGUCAAGAAGGCUGACAUUGACGACAUUGUCCUUGUCGGUGGUUCUACUCGUAUUCCCAAGGUCCAGGCCCUCCUCGAGGAGUUCUUCAACGGAAAGAAGGCCAGCAAGGGUAUCAACCCCGACGAGGCUGUCGCUUUCGGUGCUGCUGUUCAGGGUGGUGUCCUUACCGGUGAAGAGAACACUGGUGACAUUGUUCUCAUGGAUGUCAACCCUCUUACCCUCGGUAUCGAGACCACUGGUGGUGUGAUGACCAAGCUCAUCCCCCGUAACACUGUCAUCCCUACUCGCAAGUCUCAGACUUUCUCGACCGCCGCUGACAACCAGCCUACCGUCUUGAUCCAAGUUUUCGAGGGAGAGCGUACUAUGACCAAGGACAACAACCUUCUCGGCAAGUUCGAGCUUACCGGCAUUCCCCCCGCCCCCCGUGGCGUUCCCCAGAUUGAGGUUUCUUUCGACCUGGACGCCAACGGUAUCCUCAAGGUCGGCGCCAGUGACAAGGGUACUGGCAAGGCUGAGUCCAUCACCAUCACCAACGACAAGGGUCGUCUCACACCCGAGGAGAUUGAGCGCAUGGUUGCCGAGGCUGAGCAGUUCGCCGAGGAGGACAAGGCCAUGAAGUCUAAGAUCGAGUCUCGCAACGCCCUCGAGAACUACGCCUUCAGCUUGAAGAACCAGGUCAACGACGAGAACGGUCUCGGUGGCCAGAUUGACGAGGAUGACAAGCAGACCAUUAUCGAUGCUGUCAAGGAGGUUACCGACUGGCUCGAGGACAACGCCGCCACUGCUACCACAGAGGACUUCGAGGAGCAGAAGGAGCAGCUGUCCAACGUCGCCUACCCCAUCACUAGCAAGCUCUACGGCUCUGCACCCGGUGGUGACGAGGAUGACGAGCCCGUCGGCCAUGACGAAUUGUAA